AUGACACAGGACUUUGCCGCGUAUGAGGCAGACUACAAGCGGCUGCUGGACCCCGCCGAGCCCCUUGACAGCCGCACCCGUGAAUUGUACCGGCUGAAGCAAUCCAUUUUGAAGACCCCUGCCGGAGUUCACGUGCUCGCGAAGGCCGUUGACACAACCGACUCGGUGCUUCUGCAGCACGAAGUGGUGUACAACAUUGGCCAAAGUGGCCUGGAAGAGGCCUGCCCCGUCCUCGAGCGCGUUAUCCACGCAACUGACGUGUACGACACUGUCACGCGGCACGAGGCGAUUGAGUCGCUCGGCGCAAUUGCCUCCUCUUUAAGCACGCCCAUCCUGGAGAGGUACAUGGACCCCGCGAAUGAGCCCGAGGUGGCUAUUCGAGAGUCAUGUGAGUUGGCGCUGGGGCGAAUUCGCACCCGUGAGGCACGUGGGGAUGCUGCGCUGAAGUUACCUUCCAACUGCCCGUACGUUUCCAUCGAUCCUGCCCCUGCCUUCUGCGAGGCAAACACCGACGGGCCUGUCCCAUCCACCGUCGAGGAACUCGAGCGUCUGCUGUGCGACACAACCGGCGCUACCUCCCUUUGGCGUCGCUACCAGGCGAUGUUUUCGCUGCGCAACAUGGGCACGAAGGCGGCCGUGAUGGCCCUCGCCCGGGCGCUCCGCGAGGAUACGGCGAGUGCGCUGUUGCGUCACGAGGUUGCCUUUGUCCUUGGCCAGAUGGAACACCCCGCGAGCCAGACGGCGCUGGUGGCGGCGCUGAAGGACGAGGAGGAGGCGCCGAUGGUGCGGCACGAGGCGGCGGAGGCGUUGGGCGCUAUCGCCGAUCCCGCGGUGCUGGACACCCUCGCGGAGUAUGCCAAACACCAGGAGCCGAUUGUACGGGACAGCUGCAUCGUGGCGGUUGAAAUGCACAAGUACUGGUCGCAGUUCAACGCACAGCGUAGCGCGGCGCCUGCCUGA